AUGAUUCCUAUUGAGCGAACUGAUGUAGGAUUCACUGGUGUUUUGCAUUCAGGGAAAUAUUUGUGUGAUGAUGAUGAUGAUGAUGAUGAUGAUGAUGAUGAUGAUGAUGAUGAUGAUGAUGAUGAUGAUGAUGAUGAUGAUGAUGAUGAUGAUGAUGAUGAUGAUGAUGAUGAUGAUGAUGAUGAUGAUGAUGAUGAUGAUGAUGAUGAUGAUGAUGAUGAUGAUGAUGAUGAUGAGGAUGAUGAUGAUGAUGAUGAUGAUGAUGAUGAUGAUGAUGAUGAUGAUGAUGAUGAUGAUGAUGAUGAUGAUGAUGAUGAUGAUGAUGAUGAUGAUGAUGAUGAUGAUGAUGAUGAUGAUGAUGAUGAUGAUGAUGAUGAUGAUGAUGAUGAUGAUGAUGAUGAUGAUGAUGAUGAUGAUGAUGAUGAUGAUGAUGAUGAUGAUGAUGAUGAUGAUGAUGAUGAUGAUGAUGAUGAUGAUGAUGAUGAUGAUGAUGAUGAUGAUGAUGAUGAUGAUGAUGAUGAUGAUGAUGAUGAUGAUGAUGAUGAUGAUGAUGAUGAUGAUGAUGAUGAUGAUGAUGAUGAUGAUGAUGAUGAUGAUGAUGAUGAUGAUGAUGAUGAUGAUGAUGAUGAUGAUGAUGAUGAUGAUGAUGAUGAUGCUGAUGAUGAUGAUGAUGAUGAUGAUGAUGAUGAUGAUGAUGAUGAUGAUGAUGAUGAUGAUGAUGAUGAUGAUGAUGAUGAUGAUGAUGAUGAUGAUGAUGAUGAUGAUGAUGAUGAUGAUGAUGAUGAUGAUGAUGAUGAUGAUGAUGAUGAUGAUGAUGAUGAUGAUGAUGAUGAUGAUGAUGAUGAUGAUGAUGAUGAUGAUGAUGAUGAUGAUGCUGAUGAUGAUGAUGAUGAUGAUGAUGAUGAUGAUGAUGAUGAUGAUGAUGAUGAUGAUGAUGAUGAUGAUGAUGAUGAUGAUGAUGAUGAUGAUGAUGAUGAUGAUGAUGAUGAUGAUGAUGAUGAUGAUGAUGAUGAUGAUGAUGAUGAUGAUGAUGAUGAUGAUGAUGAUGAUGAUGAUGAUGAUGAUGAUGAUGAUGAUGAUGAUGAUGAUGAUGAUGAUGAUGAUGAUGAUGAUGAUGAUGAUGAUGAUGAUGAUGAUGAUGAUGAUGAUGAUGAUGAUGAUGAUGAUGAUGAUGAUGAUGAUGAUGAUGAUGAUGAUGAUGAUGAUGAUGAUGAUGAUGAUGAUGAUGAUGAUGAUGAUGAUGAUGAUGAUGAUGAUGAUGAUGAUGAUGAUGAUGAUGAUGAUGAUGAUGAUGAUGAUGAUGAUGAUGAUGAUGAUGAUGAUGAUGAUGAUGAUGAUGAUGAUGAUGAUGAUGAUGAUGAUGAUGAUGAUGAUGAUGAUGAUGAUGAUGAUGAUGAUGAUGAUGAUGAUGAUGAUGAUGAUGAUGAUGAUGAUGAUGAUGAUGAUGAUGAUGAUGAUGAUGAUGAUGAUGAUGAUGAUGAUGAUGAUGAUGAUGAUGAUGAUGAUGAUGAUGAUGAUGAUGAUGAUGAUGAUGAUGAUGAUGAUGAUGAUGAUGAUGAUGAUGAUGAUGAUGAUGAUGAUGAUGAUGAUGAUGAUGAUGAUGAUGAUGAUGAUGAUGAUGAUGAUGAUGAUGAUGAUGAUGAUGAUGAUGAUGAUGAUGAUGAUGAUGAUGAUGAUGAUGAUGAUGAUGAUGAUGAUGAUGAUGAUGAUGAUGAUGAUGAUGAUGAUGAUGAUGAUGAUGAUGAUGAUGAUGAUGAUGAUGAUGAUGAUGAUGAUGAUGAUGAUGAUGAUGAUGAUGAUGAUGAUGAUGAUGAUGAUGAUGAUGAUGAUGAUGAUGAUGAUGAUGAUGAUGAUGAUGAUGAUGAUGAUGAUGAUGAUGAUGAUGAUGAUGAUGAUGAUGAUGAUGAUGAUGAUGAUGAUGAUGAUGAUGAUGAUGAUGAUGAUGAUGAUGAUGAUGAUGAUGAUGAUGAUGAUGAUGAGUGCCAGUCACACUAA